UAAAAUAAAUAACUCUACCUUCCUUUAGCAGAAACCAUAACUCUCCUGAUUCUCAUUUCUAUUCAAACGAUUUUAAAACAACUACUCCUCUCCAUGGCUCGCCACAAGAACGAGCUAUACGUCACCGUUCCGAGCCUCUUCCGGUGCCCUAUCUCAAUGGACGUCAUGAAAUCUCCGGUAAGUCUCUGCACCGGCGUCACCUACGACCGUUCCAGCAUCACCACCUGGCUCAAUUCAGGCCACAAUACCUGUCCCGCCACCGCUCAAAUCCUUCAGUCAACUGAUAUCAUCCCUAAUCUGACUCUCCGUAGUCUCAUUCGCUGCUGGAAUAACUCGCUCCUGGUUCUCCCUGACUCCCCUGCCGCGCACAAUCGGCAAUCGGAAUCGAUCGCUUUCUCGCCUGUAGAACAGAAACAGAUACUCGAAUCGCUUAAAAACGUUGUUAAUGGAAAUUCGGAGUGUUAUUCGAGCUCUGUAUCGGUAAUUCUCGAAUUCGCGGUGUUUUCGGAGGAGAAUCUCGAGAUUGUUUUGAAUUAUGAUGGAUUCGUGACUGCGAUUGUGGAGAUUUUCGACAAAUUCGCUGAAAUCGAAGUUCUGGAGUUGGUGAUUUUACUGUUUGAGUUUGUUAUUUUCGAAAGUAGAGAGAAACAGAAGCUGAUUGUUGAGCUUCAUCGAUGCUCUCUGUCUCCGUUCGAUAAAAUUCUUCGAAGAGGCAAGCUCAAUUCACGGAUCAGUGCCGCGAAAGUUCUAGAAUCAAUGUCGAUGAACGAAGAAACUAGAAACAAAAUUAAACAACACGAGAAUUUACUCGCUGAAUUGUGUAAAUUUUUAAGCUCCGAAACUGAUCGGAAAGCGAUCGACGCCGCUCUAUCGGCAUUGAUUGCGGUCACAUCCUCGAAAUUCGUGAAAACCGAGUUAAUCCGGUUCGGCAUCGUUCGAACCGGAGCUCAAAUCCUCUCCAGUGCAGACCAGACCGGGCCGAUCAUCGAGAAAACGAUGAAAUUGCUAGAAAUAGUCUCGACUUGUACGGAAGGGCGAAGUGCAAUAAGCGAAGAUACAAAAUGCGUAUCAGCAAUAACUGAUAAAUUGAUGAAAGUGUCCGAUACCGCGACGGAGCACGGUAUCGGAGUAAUCCACAGCGUUUGUUAUUUGAGCCGUGAUCGGACGGCCAGGGACGCGGCAAUGAGAAGCAAUGGAUUGACGAAAGUGCUGUUGGUGAUGCAGAGUGAUUGCUCCGGGAGAGUGAAGCAAAUGUGUGGCGAGUUGGUGAAAGUGUUCCGAGUCAACUCGAAGUCGUGUUUGGCGAGUUACGAGACUCGGAUGAGUCAUAUUACCCCGUAUUGACUCGGUUGGUUGGUGAUGGUGUUGAAUAGUGAGUUGGUGAUGAAAUUAAGUAUUUUUGGGAGUAUUGUUUGUUUGACCAAAAUUUGUUGUAGCUGUUAUUAUUUGACCAAAGAGAAGUAGAGAUAUCUAGAUGUAUAUCCAAAUUCAAAAGUGAAUUUGUGUUUGACAAUUCAAGAGAUUCAUUCAAAGUA